CUCAGCUCAUAAUCCAUCUUCAAAAAGUCACUUUGCGCCACUGCUAUUACUAGUAGUAUUAGCGUUCAACGUUGAACGUUGAACUCUUCACCACCCACCGUAAUCACGAGAACAUGAGUGCUGACACAAACAACAACUCCUCGGCUUCAAAUACCGUCCAUAUCGAAUAUGUGAUUCAUCCAGAGAGGGACAAUCAUUUCCGCGCUCAGGUAGCAACUUCCAGUAAAUUUCUCAAAGCAAACCAGAAGAAAUUCGGCUUACAAUGCACGCAAUGUCAAACGAAAUUGGAGAAACCUUUGAAAUGCACAAAGUGUAAGAGCGUCUGGUAUUGCUCAAAAGAGGUGGGAUCUCUCAUUGGGAUGAAACCGAAAACUGAAUGGCUGACGUGUGUACAGUGUCAAAAGAAAAAUUGGUCUACCCACAAACCGACAUGCCGCGAGGUUGAACGCUCCUUGGGGGUACUCAAAUUCAUACAAAUGUUCAGUGCAAACCCGUUGCUCAUGACGUUCCUCAAAUUUGGUAUCGUCUUCGACUGGCUGUUCGACAAUACCCGGAUCGGAUUCAAUGUGCCAUUCAUCGCGCGUAUUGACAUUGCAAUGGAACUCAGUAACAUUCUUGACUUCGCUGGAUUGUAUUUCUACGACAAGGCUGUUGGAGAGAAGCUUCAAGGGAUGUUGCAAGUCAAUGCCAUCACUCCGUGGCACCCCAAGCAAGGUCCCCUUACAGUUGCAUUUGCGGACUGAGAUGACAGGACAAGACAAGGAAGCCAUUCGAGCCGCAGGUCGCGAUGAGGAUAGACUUCAGCUCGUAUCCUCCAAGAGAAGAUGAAACGUGAACACACUUACGCUAAUGUCACGCAAAAUACUAGUCGAAUG